AUGAAGAAGGCCAGAUCAUCAACCAGCCAAUUGAAAUGGAGUGGAAACCAAAAUACUGUGAGCUCUGCAAGAAGGUGGGGCACCAAUGCAAUGGAGAAAACCCCAAAGCUACCAAGAAAUGGAGUACUAAAAGCUGGAGAAAGCACGUGCGAUCAUACAAGAGGAUCUGAGAGGAGAAGACAAUAUAAAAUUGCCAAGGCUAGAGAAGAUCUCAUAAAAGCUCACGAGGCUCUGUUGCUUGACCUAAUGAAUGUUCAGAUCAUAGGCAGGGUUAAAAGAUGCACUGAAAAAGUUAUUCAGCUGAAUAGUAUGGAAGAACAAACGCUGCAUCAAAGAGCUAAUCUUGAUUGGCUCAAGAUGGGAGAUGUGAAUAACUCUUUCUUCCAUGCUACCCUUAAAUCCAAAGCUAAGCAAACUCAAUUCCAGACUCUGAUAAAAGAAGAUGGAACUAUCAUCAAUUCUCAGCAGGAUCUGAAGGAGGAGUUUUCAAUUAUUAUGAGAGAAUAG